AUGACCGCCUUCUUCCGGCGCCUGCUGCCCGCGCGCAUCCCCAACACGGGCUCUCAACAGCGCGACCACCACGCCAACGAGCGCACAUUCCUGUCAUGGACCCGAGCUGGCCUCGGCUUUGCAGCGAUGGCCCUCGCAUUGGACCGACUCGAUGCCAUCGAUCGAGUGCUCUCCUCGACGCGGGGACUCGGGGGAUUCAUCCCGCCUGAUAGGCACGGCGUACCCUCCCAGCAGCCAGAAGCCCCACCCCAACCCGCAAAGGAAGCAAGCAAGAGUGCAAGUACCCCGACCAUUCCACCAAGCACAGUCAACCGGGCCAUGUUCGCGAAUGCUGUUUCUGCAUCUCGGCUCUGCCAAUUGCUGGGGCUGUGGUCGCUGGGCUACGGGUUUCUUCCGGUAUUGGGCUAUGAGGCAGUAUCUGCUGAAGGGACAGUUUGUUCCUGCUUUUUGGGGACCGGUUCUCAUGACGGCGGGUAG